AUGUAGUUUUAUCAUCGAAAGCUCUGAUAUGAUUAUUUAAAAACGUCUGCAGUCUUGAAGUCUUCACAGCAGAUGAGGUUAGGGUUCGAUAAUUAAAUAUACAUUAAUUUUUUUUUAUUCAGUUGAGAAUAGUCGAUAUUUCUGGUUAUACUCUCUGUUGAUGAGUUUAUUAAACCAUGGGUAUUCUCGAAAAAAUCUCGGAAAUCGAAAAAGAAAUAUCAAGAACACAAAAAAAUAAAGCUACUGAGUAUCACUUGGGUUUGUUAAAAGCCAAAUUAGCUAAGUACCGUGCUACACUAUUGGAACCAUCUAAAAAACAAGAAAAAGGAGAAGGAUUUGAUGUUUUGAAGUCUGGUGAUGCUAGGGUAGCAUUGAUUGGUUUUCCAUCUGUUGGUAAAUCAACACUUUUGAGUACAUUAACACAUACUGAAAGUGAAGCAGCUUCUUAUGAAUUUACAACAUUAACUUGUAUCCCUGGUGUAAUUGAAUACAAGGAUGCUAAUAUUCAGUUGUUGGAUUUACCUGGUAUCAUUGAAGGUGCAUCUCAAGGAAAAGGACGAGGAAGACAGGUUAUUGCAGUUGCUAGGACUGCAGAUUUAGUAUUGAUGAUGUUGGAUGCUACAAAGCAAGACAUUCAACGUCAAUUAUUAGAAAAAGAACUUGAAAGUGUAGGAAUUCGUUUAAACAAACGAAAGCCGAAUAUUUACUUCAAGAUUAAAAAAGGUGGCGGAUUGGCAUUCAACGCUACAUGCCCUUUAUCUAGAAUUGAUGAAAAACUUGUUCAAGUAAUUUUACAUGAAUACAAAAUAUUCAAUGCAGAAGUACUAUUUCGAGAAGAUUGUACACCUGAUGAACUUAUUGAUGUUAUAUCUGCAAAUCGUGUUUACUUACCAUGUAUGUAUGUUUACAACAAAAUUGAUCAAAUAUCUAUUGAAGAGGUAGAUCGAAUUGCUAGGCAGCCCAAUAGUGUUGUAGUGAGUUGUAAUAUGAAAUUAAAUCUUGACUAUUUAUUGGAAGUAUUAUGGCAAUAUUUAUCAUUGAUCCGAGUGUACACUAAGAAACCAGGACAACCUCCAGAUUUUGAUGAUUGUUUAAUUUUAAGGAAAGGUGUUUCUGUAGAACAUGUUUGCCAUUCAAUUCAUCGCACUUUAACAGAACAAUUUAAAUAUGCUUUGGUUUGGGGUACUAGUACAAAAUAUUCUCCUCAAAGAGUGGGUUUACAGCAUAUUAUGCAUGAUGAAGAUGUUAUACAAGUUGUGAAAAAAUAAGAAUUAUUUAAAUUAAUUUUCUAAGAAUAAAAUAUAUUAUAUUAAAUUUA